AUAUUCUGGAAUACACGCGUUUUUUAAAUGAAAUACAUAAAUGUGACAAUAAAUAUACGUCAUUUAUGAUUAAAGGAAGAAAGUUGUUUCAAGAAAAAUUUGUGAGCCAUAUUCGAUGGGAAUUAUCAAUACUAUUAUCGGCAGGCUGUUGUUGAGCUCCGUGCGUGCUCAUGACGUCAUUUUGCGUGUUUAUUCAAUAUUGGUGCAGGAGUCAUUCCCCUUUGUUUAUUUUAUUGUUAAUUUUCAUUGGACGAAAUGUCGGCAUACCCAUGACGUCAUUUUGCGUGUUUAUUCAAUAUUGGUGCAGGAGUCAUUCCCCUUUGUUUAUUUUAUUGUUAAUUUUCAUUGGACGAAAUGUCGGCAUACCCAUGACGUCAUUUGCGUUUUUAUUCAAUAUUGGUGCGGCGAAGGAAUAUUUUAAUAACCGGUUGGAACAAGAUUUCAUGUGAAUAAUUAACGAAGGUCCACUUUGUCAAGCCAUCGUCUUAAAUUGUCUUUAUCCUUAAGCGGAAAGUUAUGCAGACUUAUACCGCCGUCCUCAACUUGACUGUUUGAACAGCCAAAAGCCGAACAUUGCCUAGGCAUCUUGAAUUACUAGUUAUAGUGUGUAUCGGGCUACUGUUGUCAAGCACUAGUGUGUUGUAUACAACCUACCGGAAGUCUUACUCGUUUUUACUCUCAUCACGUGACAAAUCAAUCGACUAAGCGACUCCCAUUAAAUUCAGGCAGUAAUAUUUAACUAAUACUGAAUUAUACCACACUAAAUUUUAUUUCUAGUUGAUUUCUAAUCUAAAGCGUCUUUACUUUGAACAUCCCUCAACAAAAGUUACAUGACAUAGCCCCAUUUUUGUUUUGUCAGAGUUUUUUUUUUUUUUUCUCCCUGUUGCAAGAUUUUUAAUCACCAUCGGGAUCCCACAGGUAUUGGGAUUCAAAGGGAUCGGGAUCCCAUCGGGGCUGGGGUCCCACAGAGUUCGGAUCCUACGGGGAUCAAGAAAUGGGAUCCCACCGGAAAACGGGAUCCAAAUCCAAUCGGGGAACAAAGGUUAACAAAAGUUAUUAUAUGUGUUUUUAUAGGAGACAAAUUAAUUAUUUAAUUUUUUUUACUAUAGUAUAGUGGUGUUGUUUUUUUGUUGUCCACAUUUCACUUAAUAUCAACAAAGUUUCUACACGUCCGGCGUGCCAGACACAUAGUGCGGGAGAUAUAUAUACGUCCGGCGGCCAUGUCACGUGACCGCCGGAAGACUAGUAGCCGUUAUUAUUCCAGAAGGUCAUGUGACUAUUGGUCCCCGGCAAAAUAGUUGCAUUGCAUUUGAUAUUUGGAUCCCUAGAUAAUUAAUAAAUGCUGAACAUGUUAAUAUAUUCAAAUGCUCUGAGAUAAAUAAAGUGUUUGACUUUGAAUAUUAAACUAGUCGGCCUAUAUAAUAACGAGUAUUACUAAUACUUGUAAAGCUCUACCUUGAAGCCUUGAAUACCUUGAAUACAAUAAAGUUGUAUUUCAGGAUUAGUAUUUAGUAUUGCAGGAGAAAUAGGCUAGGCUACCACUAUAUCGGCCCUAUAUUAAGAUGUAGGGUCAUUUCUUUGUGAACCCGCGUUAAAAGUAAUUAUUUAUCACCCUCACUAUUAUUUUUUAGCAUUCUUAUUUUUUAUUAUCGCAACUCUCUCUCCCUCUUAGCAUUGAUUCCCUCUAGAAUGCAUUAUUGCUUAACCCCUUCUUUGUUUUGGUAAUAUACCCAAUUAUUUUUUUCUAUUAUUUUUUUUGCAAGAUACUCAGUAAAUUACUUUGUAGAGAAAUAGAUUUUAAAAUCAUUAGCGAUCACGUGACAAGGCUGAGGACUAAUAUCUCAGGCAACUUUGUUACAGCUGUCAAGUGACUUGGUCGCCGGACGAAUAUCUCGAUAAAGUAUUCUUCCGGCGUUCAUGUGACUUGGCGCCGGACAAAUAGUGCGGGAGAUGUACGUCCGGCGCGCUGGACGUGUAGACAUUGCCUAAUAUCAAUGUGAAUUAAAAGGCUCUAGCAGAUGUUUUUUUUCUGAAUGUAAUCCUGUGCAACGUCGUGUAUAUUGGCUAUUAAAGUUAUAAAAUAAAUACAAUGGCUCCACUUUGUAAAAGACAAAAGAUUCAUGAAAAUGUACUACUGUAUCUCUUAAAAUUAGUUAAAUUGUUGUUGUAUUUUAACAAAAAGAUUGGAUUUUACUUUAACAAAUGCUUUUAAUAAAGAAUUCACAUAAGUUUACUCGCAAAAUACUAAAUUCAUUUAGAAAUAAUAUACGCACCUGAAUUGCACUUUUACCUGAUGAUGGUGUAAAGUACAAUUAAUUACAAGUGAUAUCUGUAUGUAUAUGAUUAUGACUCAGUAUGAGAGUAUGAGUAUGAGAAUAAUCAAUUGGGGAAUCCUAAAAUUGGACUUAAGGUGACAGGACCAACAUUUGGACCUGAACACAGUCGAUAGUAAUGUUCCCAUUUUUCAAUGAGCAUUUUUUCAGCCAUAAACUAAAUAUAACCAUCUAUACAGUUAAUAGGAAAUAUAUUGAUAUUAAAAUGAAAAUUUCAAUUCGUUUUUAAAAUUUAAUGUGCAAGGCAAGGCUCAAAAUAAAUUAAAAAAAAAAAACUCUUCCUUGCUAGAAGUCCAAGAUAAACAUCCAAAAUCCCAAAGCACUCUCACCACAAUAAGGACAAAAAAAACCCCCAACUUUUUCCAAAUUAAUAUCCAUCACAUGUAGGGCUUUGGCCUGCCUUACCACUUCCUUCCACGCAAACCUAACUGAUGCUUUUCUUUUCCAUGCUUGGAUUGCCAGCUGCUGUAAAUCCUUUUCCACAUCAUACAUCGAUCUAAGCCUAGGUCUGCAAUUGAGCUGUUUUCCUCUGGGGUUUUGGUGGAGCACCCGCUUCACUCCUCUGUCAUUCUUUCUAAGUGUCCUGCCCAUCGUAAGCUGUCCUUAUUUAUUUUUGCUACACUGGCGUGGGACCUUAAUAUAGACUAUACAAUUCCUGUUGGUUCAUAUUCUCCAUCUAUAUUCAUCCUUUGUUGGUCCAUAUAUUUUCCGGAUAACUUUUCCAUCCCAUUUUUUUAAAUAAGUUUUCUUCUAUUUUUGUUUAAGUCCAAGUUUUACUUGUGUAUGUUAUAACUGAUCUGAUUACAGUUUUAUAUAUAGUUUUCUUUGUUUUUCUUGUAAUGUUUUUACUUUUGAGUAUUUUCCGACUACUGAAGUAUGGCCUGUUUCUGGCUGACAUUCUUUUUUUUAUUUCUGUUUCGUAAUUCAUUCAUUCAUUGAAUAAAGAUCCUAUGUAUUUGAACUGUUUUUUUUUUCAAAAGUGUGGUUUAUAAUUUUAAUAGUUUUAUCGGUCUGUUCUUCUCUUAUCAUAGUCAUGUAUUUUGUUUUUUGGUUGUUAAUUUCCAGCCCUGCUUGCAGAGGUUCAUCUUCUAAUUCAAUGAAAGCUUUUGAUAGUUCUUGACUACUUUUCCUUAACAGCGCUAAGUCAUCAACAUGUGCAAGAUACUGAAGGGGAUGAAUAGUUUGUAAAUAAUUACAAAGGAAUAAGUUUUAUUUUUUUUUUAAAGUUGCAGUUCAUUUACUGGAUAAAAUUUGAAUCUUUAGAAAAAGCAUAGAAAUACAAAACAAGUUUACCUGCAACAAAUAAUGACCUUCCUUAGUUAACAUUUACUGUUAAGUUACAUUUUCUUUGUUUUUAUCUGAAAUAAACUUAAGAGAUGAAAGCUGCCAACUUGUUUAUUUAAUUUUAAAUAUCAGAUAUUUUAGACUUUAUAGUUCAACAGUAUAAGAGUAAAUUUACUUCUUAAAGUUAUUUACCAAAAAUUACAACAAAACAACAAAAAAACACCCUGGCUCCUGAAAAAAAAAAGGAUGGUUCUUGAAUUAUUUCUAGUUUUGUCCUUCUUGCAUUAGACAUUAAAGAUUCUAUGGUUUCAACAAUAUUCUGCUCACGUAAGCAAAUUUUGUAGUAACUGAAUGCUGUAAGAAUCUAAAUUUAAAAAAAAACAAAUUGUCUGUAAUUUGAGUUAUUUCCUGACCCUAGCAAAUUUGUUCAAGUUGUAUUUUUUAAUUCACAGUUUAACAAAUUUUUUCUUCUAAAUUUUUCAGAUACCGCAGCCAUAUACCAGUUAUGCAAAAUAUAUUUUGAAUCAAUUAGAGUAAUAACAAAUGCUACAUAUUUUGCAUUCUAAAAAAAAUUCUUUUAACUGGGAAAAAUAACAUUAAAGAAUGGUGAAAGAAGCUAAGAAACGGGAACAUGCCACUAAAGAUAGACUAUCUAAUGUGAAUGAUGUCUCUGUUAUAGAUAAUGAAAAUGAAACUAAUCAUAUUGAGACCAGUAGUUCUAGUAAGAAAAAAAAAGGAAGGAAAGAGAAAUCUUUAAAUAAUUCAGAGCAUGAAGAUGGAACUGAAGAGUCUCUGCCUAACACAAAUAUGGGGCUGUCUCAGGCUGAUCCAGCCAUCAAUAAUUCAGGAAGUGAUGAGAGGAAAAAAAAGAAAAAGAAAAAAAAGGACAAUGAUAAGGAAGUUGAGGCUCAACAAAUCGAAAGUAAAGAAAUGUGGAAAGCAGCGAAAAAAUUGACAAAGCAGGAACAUGCCAUUAAAGACAGACUAUCAAAUGUGAUUGAUGUCUCGAUUGAUGAUAUCCAAAUUAAUACAAGUGAAAUCAGUAGUUCUAAUAAGAAAAAAAAACGGAGGAAAGAUAAAUCUUUGAAUGUCUCAGAGAAUGGGGAUGUAACGCAAGAGAAUGAGGAUGUAACGCAAGAGUCUCUGCCUAAAAAGAAAAGAAAAAAAAAUGAAAAACUUUCCAGUGAAGAUUCAUCUUUAGGUUUUGUUGAUGUAGACAUUCUAAAACAAGCUGGGACAAAUAUGGGGCUGCCUAUGGCUGAUCAGACAGAAGCAGAUUCAGUCACCAAUAAUUCUGGAGGUGAUAAGAAAAAGAAGAAAAAGAAAGGAAAGGAUAAGAAAAUUGAAGCCCAACAAGCAGACACGACUUCUGGAAAAAGUCGAAAUGAAAAAGUUCUUGACUAUCUGAGGCUGUGGAGCUCAAAUAGGAAGGCUUGGAAGUUCAAUAAAAUGUUCCAAGUUAAUUUAUUGCACAUAAUGUAUGACAAGUCAUUGGUAAGCUGAUGGUCUUUUGUAUCUUUAAUAAUCUUAUUUCAUUGACUUUAAUUAAAAAAUUUUCUUGUUUAUUACUGUAUUAUUAUUAAAAUUAAAGUAAAACAACAGUAAGGAAACACUUUGAAAUGAAGCAUUUAAGAUAUUUUAGAUUCAUUAAUUUCAUUAAUGCUUCCCCCAAAUCUGUUUAAAUUGAAUUAAUUUAUAUAUACUUUUCCUCUUUCUAGGUGAGUGAGGAAGACUUUGAAGUUGUUCUACAGUAUUUAGAAGGACUGAGAGGAAAAGCAAAAGAUAAAACCAGAGAAGAGGCUGAGAAAGUUUUGAAGGAUGAGAAACCAGAUACAGGUUUGCCACAAUUUUUAAAAUAUUCUUGGUCCCCACUAUGCUCCACGGCCACUGGUUAGCUGCCAGGAAAUAAUUAAUCAGUCUUUUCCUGCCUGUCGAUGUUUGUUAUAUUAAUGAGCUACCAAUUAUGUGGUACUGUGAAAAACAUAAUUUUAUCAAUUAAAUGUUAUUUAUUAAAACAUUUAAUAAAAAAACUCAAGUCAAGAGCUUUGCUUUAAGCACAGGAAGAAUGAAGAAACAGUAAAGACUCCCUCUAAUCAAACAUUUUAUCUUUGCACCUAGAUCAGGGAAACAAGCCUUUUUUUUACAACCAAUGCAUUGUCAGUUGACUAAAGUGGAUUUCAGAUCAGAUAUUAUUUAUAUACAAAGGACACAGUUUGAAUGGGAAACAUUAAUGUUAAUGCCAAGUCUAUUUUCUUUUAUCAUUUGGCACUAGACUAGUUUUUUUUUCUCUUCUUUUCAGAAACUGCAGAUAGAGAAGAAAGAGCUAGACAGAUAUUACAGAUACUGAAUUAAUAAUUGAAAAGCUAUGUUGAAUACUAUUUGUGGAAAAAGUACAAAAUCUUUUAACAUUGUUAAGGUUGAAAUUAGAGAAACCAUCUUGCAGGAAUACUAACUGAGCUGAAAUAAAAUCCAAUGGAUAAAAACAGGCACUACUCUUAAUUGAUUUUAAUUUCAUAAUAUCCUAUAAGGCAAAGAAAGAAAAAUGAAAGAUAAUUUCUUAGUUUCUUAGCGAUAAUUCACUCUCUAAUUUGUCAAUAUUUUAAAAUUGAGUGGCAUUCUGCUUCUGAAAUUUUUAUUGGAACAUUAUUACAAAGAGAGUAGGUUAAUUUCAUCCCUAGCUAUUAAUUAUUAUUGUCAUACAUGUGGAUUUUAAUAAAAUAAAAUAUAUAAAUUAUAUAAUAUAAUUAAAACUCCUUCAAAGCAUCUGAACUUGUUAUGGUCUUUUUACAUUAAUUAUGGAAAGUUGUUCUGAAAGUAAUUUGUUAAAGUUAAAGGUGUUCCAAGUUCAAACUAUGAUAGCUUAUGAUGGCAUUUGUUUAGAGUUUCAUGCAAGUCUAUAACACAUUAUUUUAGCAUCAUGUAAAGAAAAUGAUAUAUAGCAAAUACGCUACAUUUUUAUCCAAUCCAUUUUAAACAAAAGUUUAUAACCGCCCGUAAUUAUUGGAUUUAAACUAUUGCAAGUGAUUGGUAUUUUGCAUUCUUGUUAAAAGCACAAUCAUAUGUAUCUAUUUAUAUAACCGCUUUACAUGAGAACUUGUUACAACAGGCGUUCAGAGAAAGUAGAGUUUUUUUGGGCACAACUUUUAGACCCUGCCUUCAAAUAGCCUGUAUACCUUAAUCAUAUGGAGUGUAUUUCUUAGUUAAUCAGUUGUUAUUUUCACUUAAAUGUUUUUUACAUUCAAAAUUCAGGCACUCACUCUUCAAUCUUGAAUAUUAAAACUUGAGUAGAUGAG